AUGGUGGAGGGGAAUCUCCCUGGGGAGAGCAAUGCGCUCAUGGUUCAGGUGCCAGCCAUUGUCUUCUUUAUCCUGACGCCCAUGUUUGUGGGCAUUCGGUUUUGGUCACGGAUUAAGAUGAGGUCUGGUUUGGGAUGGGAUGACUGGACAAUUUUGUUCUCAUUCUUCUGCUGCCUGACUGUAUCAGUCCUGAUGAUGAUCUCUUGCGAGUAUGGUUUCGGCCAGCAUAUCAAGAACCUGUCGAAGCCAAACAAGUUGAUGACACUCAAGCUCUUUUAUGUGGCUCAAAUCUUCUAUAAGAUCACUAUCAACCUUACGAAAGCCUCUAUCCUGCUCCUCUACCUACGCAUCUUCGUACAGCAGUACUUCAGAGUUCUGUGCUAUAUCCUCCUCACCAUAAUUCUGUCAUACAUGGUGGCCACAUCGGCGUCAUCUAUCUGGCAGUGUACUCCCAUACCUCGCGCAUGGGACAAGUCUAUCCCCGGCACUUGCAUCAGCUUGACGAUGAACUGGUACGCCAAUGCUGGAUUCUCCAUUGCCACCGAUAUCCUCAUCAUGGCACUGCCCAGCAUGUGCUGUGGAAGUCGAAACUUCCCGUCAACCAGAAGAGGGCGCUCAUGGUUGUCUUUGCUCUGGGCCGCAACAGUUGACAUUGCCUCUACCCUCUGGACCCUCGUCGAAGACAAUGUUGCCAUCAUCUGUGCCUGCCUACCCAUGUGCCGUCUCCCCUGA